UUUCCCCCCCCUCUUUCUUUCUUCGCACCACCCCAAGCAGCGGAGGCAUAUUGUCUGUGGCGCAGCGCGACAGUGCGGUGUCCGAUUACAGCUCGCGCGCCGAGCAGCCACCGGCACAGAGCGCUUCUCCUCCGUGGGGCAGAAAUAGCAACCCGGGGCUCCGGAGGGACGGGACUGAGCACGGAGGAAUCUCUACAAAGGGAGUUCUACAUAAAACCAGAGACACGGCAGACGCGAGGAUAAUUUCAUCUCCGACUCAUCUUCUGUUUUGUGUAUCUGCGCUCCACUUCUUCUCUCCGGGACAAGACACGCAGCUUCGCUCCUUGCUAGAUGACCGGGAGUUGGACACCUCACUUGGUGUGUCUCUCCAAUGCUCUUGGCCCCUGAGGCCUGAGGAGAAGUGAGCCGAGCCCAGGCCCCCAAUGGGACGUCCUGUGACCCAGCAUGCACUGCUGCUGCUGCAGUGCAUGCUGGUCCUGCGGCCUGGAGGCGUGGCCAGUCGGAGAGGCCCCGUGCUGCUGCCCGAGUCGCCCUGUUAUAAGACAGAGCACCCACUCGUCCCCCACUCAGAGAUGGAGCCGUGGAUCUCCAGGUUCAAAGCAGAGGGCACGGUGGAUUACUCGCAGCUGACCUUUGACCCUGGCCAGAACGAACUCAUUGUCGGUGCCAGAAAUCACCUCUUCAGGCUCAAUCUGGAAGACCUGACACUGAUCCAGGAGGCUGAGUGGCACUGUGACGAGUUCACCAAGGGGGCCUGCUUCAGCCGAGGAAAAUCUGAGGAGGAGUGCCAGAACUACAUCAGGGUGCUGCUGGUCAACGGAAACAGGUUGUUUACCUGUGGCACCAACGCCUUCACCCCCAUCUGCACCAACCGAACACUGACCAAUUUGACAGAGAUCCACGAUCAGAUUAGCGGAAUGGCUCGGUGUCCGUACAACCCCCUGCACAACUCCACCGCCCUCAUCACCUCCAGCGGGGAGCUCUACGCUGCCACUGCCAUGGACUUCUCCGGGCGAGACCCCGCCAUCUACCGCAGCCUGGGCGGCAUGCCACCGCUGCGCACUGCCCAGUACAACUCCAAGUGGCUCAACGAACCGAAUUUCGUCUCCUCUUACGACAUCGGCAACUUCACCUACUUCUUCUUCCGGGAAAACGCCGUGGAGCACGACUGCGGCCGGACGGUGUUUUCCCGUGCCGGGCGCGUGUGUAAAAAUGACAUCGGUGGCCGCUUCCUUCUGGAGGACACGUGGACCACCUUCAUGAAGGCCAGGCUGAACUGCUCCAGGCCAGGAGAGAUCCCCUUCAACUACAACGAGCUGCAGGGCACCUUCUACCUGCCCGAGCUGGAGCUGCUCUACGGCAUCUUUACUACCAACGUAAACAGCAUUGCAGCGUCUGCUGUGUGUGCCUUCAAUCUCAGCGCCGUCGCCCAAGUUUUUAACGGACCCUUCAAGUACCAGGAGAACUCUCGGUCCGCCUGGCUGCCGUACCCUAACCCCAACCCAGACUUUCAGUGCGGCACCAUAGAAUCUGGCUCCUACAUUAACCUGACUCAAAGGAACCUGCAGGACGCCCAAAAGUUUUUGCUGAUGCACGAGGUGGUCCAACCCGUGGUUCCUGUGCCCUACUUCAUGGAGGACAACGUGCGCUUCACGCAUGUGGCGGUGGAUGUGGUGCAGGGGAAAGACAUGCUGUUCCACAUCAUUUACUUGGCCACUGAUUACGGUACUAUCAGGAAAGUGCUUUCCCCGCUCAACCAGUCCACGGGGAGCUGCCUGUUGGAGGAGAUCGAGCUGUUCCCGCCCAGGAAGAGGCAGCCGAUCCGAAGCUUGCUGAUCCUGCACAGCCGCAGCGAGCUUUAUGUGGGCGUAAGAGACCAGGUCAUCAAGAUCCCGCUCAAAAGAUGCAGCUAUCACAAGAGCAGAGAAGCCUGUUUAGGAGCCCGAGACCCGUACUGCGGCUGGGAUCUGCUGCUGAAGAAAUGCACCACCCUGGAGGAAAGUGUCAGAAUGAGCCAAUGGGAGCAGAGCAUCAGCAAAUGCCCGGUCCGUAAUGUGACAGUCGACGGAGGCUUCGGUGCCUGGUCUGGCUGGUCCACCUGUAGCCAUAACGACGGAGGCAGCCCGGGGUCCUGCCUGUGCCGGACCCGAGCCUGCGAUAACCCCGCCCCGCAGUGUGGCGGUCAGCAGUGUCACGGGAUCAGCGUGGAGGUGGCCAACUGCUCCAGAAACGGAGCGUGGACUCCGUGGACUUCCUGGUCUCCCUGCAGCACCAGCUGUGGCAUCGGCUUCCAGGUGCGUCAGCGAUCCUGCAGCAACCCGACCCCUCGCCACGGAGGACGCGUGUGCGUGGGCCAGAACCGUGAGGAGAGAUACUGUAACGAACACCUGCCCUGCCCGCCACACGUGUACUGGUCGGCGUGGUCAGCCUGGGAACGCUGCACCGUGCCCUGUGGCGGAGGCAUCCAGUCCCGACGCAGGACCUGUGAGAACGGCAACGACUGUCCCGGGUGUGGUCAGGAGUACCAGUCGUGCAACACACUGCCGUGUCCUGACCUCAAGAAGACCACACCCUGGACUCCCUGGACGCCCGUCAACAUCUCCGACAACGGCGGCCAUUACGAGCAGCGCUUCCGCUACACGUGCAAAGCUCGCAUCCCCGACCCCAGCCUGCUGGAGGUGGGCAGGCAGAGGAUCGAGAUGCGCUACUGCUCCAGUGAUGGAUCCACUGGCUGCUCCACUGACGGGGAAGUGCUUCGUCUUGGGAGGAUGUCGGGCCACACGGUGAACGGCGGCUGGUCGUCCUGGAGCUCCUGGUCUCAGUGCAGCAGGGACUGCAGCCGGGGGAUACGCAGCCGAAAGAGGACCUGCAGCAGUCCGGAGCCCCGCUACGGAGGCCAGACCUGCCUGGGCCCAGCGCAGGAGUACCAGGAGUGUAACAUCACGCCCUGUCCAGUGGACGGCAGCUGGUCGUGCUGGUCUUCAUGGUCCAAGUGCUCGGUGACGUGUGGAGGGGGUCACUAUACGAGGACGCGGACCUGCAGUAACCCCCCACCGGCCUACGGAGGGGACAUCUGCCUGGGUCUGCACACUGAGGAGGCACUGUGCAAUACACAAGCCUGUCCGGAGAGUUGGUCCAGCUGGUCGGAGUGGUCCCACUGUGACUCCAGCGGCGCCCAGCUGCGCGUGCGUCACUGCGAUGUCCUCUUUCCCACCGGAAACCAGUGCUCAGGAAACAGCAGCGAGACCAGGCCGUGUUCUGCCGACGCCAAUUUCAUACCAGAGGUCUCGAUUGCCCGCUCCAGUCAGGAGGAGAGGCGUUGUGGAGAUUUCAACCUCUUCCACAUGAUCGCCGUGGGGCUCAGCAGCUCCAUCCUGGGCUGCCUGGUCACCCUGCUGGUCUACUCGUACUGCCAGCGCUACCAGCAGCAGUCGCACGACGCCACCGUCAUCCACCCCAUCUCCGCCGCGCCGCUCAACACCAGCAUCACCAACCACAUCAACAAACUGGACAAAUACGACUCCGUGGAGGCCAUCAAGGCCUUCAACAAAAACAAUCUGAUUCUGGAAGAAAGAAAUAAGUACUUCAAUCCACAGCUUUCUGGGAAGACCUAUACCAAUGCAUACUUCACUGAUCUCAACACUUACGAUGACUAUUGAGCUCUCGCCUCCACGCCGUAGCGGUGGGGACGCUCGAUUUUCCAUACAUUCGGACUGUAUUCUUUUCUUUGUGCUUUGUAUUGAGAUUCGUGACACCACGCGUGGGAUGUCCCACUCUGAGACUCGAUGGCAGCUGGUACGUAACGAAAACACAGACACACAGUGUUGCCAACAGAGGGAAAUACCCACUUCCUCUCAGGUGCCUUGGGGUACACUCGGAAAGCUCGAUAUCUUGGAGGCAUGUUUUGCCUUGACUCUCGCCGAGAAAUGGACGACUGGAUUUCCUAAUGUGGACACAAAAGGAAAAAAAAAAACAAAAAAAAAAACAAAAUAAAAGUUAACUCAGCUCAAAGACACAAUGGGAUCCCUUUUAACUUUCCUGUGACGCCUCCGAAACAGACCUGUAUUUGUAACAAUGGAGAAUAACCACAAAUCGCUUUGCAUGACUUCAUCUGACGUGUUUCUCUCUGCCGUUAUGUUUCAUUUUGCAUGAUUGAUCGCAUUCCAGGUUUUUGGGGACUUGCAAGCAGCGUCUUUUUUUUUUGUUUGUUUUGUUUUUUGUCCUGCGGGUCUUAGAUUCAGGACUGGUUGCUGUGAUGUUGUGAUGUUACUACAGCAGCAGUCUCCAGAUGGAUGAAAACCACCUCCAGUCCUGGAAUCGGGAUUGUAGAUAUUUGAAGUCUGUGAUCACGUUUUUCCAUGUUUUAUGGUUUUUUUUUUUCUUUCAUAUUUUGCUUUUGAUUUCUUUAUUUCUUCUCACAGUUUCAGGUUAUCAAACUAUCAAUGUUAAAUUGUUUUUCUCAUUUUUUUUUUUUACUUUGAAAAAAAUAUGAUUUUUGUACAGAAGAUUAAGUUUGAAGCCUAUGUCUGUAGAUUUUCUAAUUGCAUUUAUUCAAUGUCCCAAGUGUUUAAGGAAUAUUUUCUUUUUGAAAAAAAAAAAAA